CAGGGCAAUAUGAGCGACACACCGGUCCAGGAGCCCCCUGCCCAGGCACUGUCCAUUGACAGUGAACAGACGUUACCCUCACGACCCUUCCAGCCAAUCUCAGAUCCCUCGGCUUCUAAAAGAGUAUGUUUCUACAAGAGUGGCGACUAUACAUUCAGCGGGCAUCGCAUGGUCAUCAAUGCCCGUACCUUCAAGACAUUUGAUGCUCUACUAGAUGCUCUGUCAAAGAAAGUGCCUCUGCCAUUCGGAGUUAGAACCAUUACCACACCUCGUGGCACCAACCUUGUUAAAGCCUUAGAGGACUUACAUGACGGGGGGUCAUAUGUUUGUUCCGACCAGAGACGGGUGAAGCCAUUAAACCUGGAUGAAGUGAACCGACGGCAGGUACCAUGGAACACCACCAGAUCCUUCAGCGCAGGGCGACGAAAGCUUCAAAGACUCCAGUUUGGUCAGGUUCUCAGGGUGAAUGAAGUGGCCAACAGGCCAACAAGGGUCACGGAGAGGGCGGCAGUAAGGACACCAAAGAGGCUUGAGGUCAUCAAGAAUAGAGAUCCCGCUGUUAAACGCACAAUUGUGCUGCAGAGAAGAACAGCACCAACAUUUGACGCUUUACUGGAUUACCUCUCCCAGAUCCUGCAGUUCCCAGUGCUGAAACUCUUCUCUACAGAUGGCAGAAGAGUUGAUGGUCUUGCAGCACUUAUCCUUUGCUCUGGAGUUGUUGUGGCGGCGGGAAACGAGCCAUUCAGAUUAGGAAACUACUCCUCCCACAGAGUGGGCCAAAUGGCACAAGCAACGUACAUGGAUACUGUGGAACCAUCUAUGUUACAGCCCAUAGCUUUGAACAACAAAUCUUUCUCAAGCGGAAGAGGAUCAAGGAAUUUUUCCUUAUCAUCUGAGAGAUACAUUGUCAACCAAAUAAACAAGUCUCGAAGUGGAAGCACAAACAGCCAUCUACAACGAAGAAACAGAUCAUUCGAAACUGAAGCCAACCAUCAACACAGAUCCUUUGAGACGGGUGAAACUGGGAUGGUAAACAAUGAGCAACAUGCAUCCAUUGUACCUCAGGAUGAUGACAUAGAAAAGUCUUUCUGUGUAAAUCAAGAUGGCAGCAUGACUGUGGAGAUGAAGGUCCGUCUGACUGUCAAAGAGGAGGAGAUGCUCCACUGGACUACCACACUCAGCCGCACCAGCCUUAGCAAGAGGACAGUCUGUGCCUCAAUAUCCGAGUCGGGCAAGAGUUCUACUGACUCAAACAAUGCCGUUGCCAAAAACUCCUCAAGCAUCAGUGGAGAUGAAUUGAAAGAGGGGAACCAUCCCGCUGGGGGUGGAAAGGGUGUUAAGUUUAACGAAGACCGAGUGACGGGUAUAGCAAAAACAGCAUUCAAACGCAGUCCUACACCAGGUGCUCAACAGGUUAAAAGGGCUUCGGUUGAGAGCGUAAAGAUGGUGACAGAGUCGGGGGUUCAAGAGAGUACUCUGGGACAUUAUUCCUAUAUGGAAAGGACAGCUGGUGGCGAGAAGACUGAAGGAUACCGCGUUGUCAGACACAGCAGCAGCAACAGGCCGAUCCCAAAGCCACGCAAAACGCCAUCUGCAGGGACAAUCAACAAUGAAUCCCACUCCUCCAUCAGGUCGUCGGGAGUAGCUGAGGUUCUUCAGAUACAAAAUAAUGGGAUGGAGGUCACAGAGACUGUAAUGCAUAUUUUUGAGAGUCAAGGCAGCUAUGACAACUAUUAUGCUAACGAGGAAUAUAGUGCAGAUGGUGCACCUUCAUAUUCUUCCACACCUGCGCUGGACAGCAAACCUUCCCUUGACUCAGCACCUCAUUCGUCUAGCAAUGAUUGUGAUAUAGAUUUUAGCUGUCAGCAACCCACUAGGGAAUCACUACGAAGACAAAAAGAAGAGAUGUUAUCAUUGUCAUCCGAACCAAUAACUCAAACGCAAGAGAUAACAAAUCAUCCAUCUUCGCUGACAAAGCAUGAAGCCCGAAGAAAAGCUAAAGUCAAAACUCCUAAAGAGAGAAAGAAAAUGAUUGUUAAACCUGCUAGGAAUCUGAAAAGCUUGACUUCAACAAGCAGUUCAGAUAAAAAGCUCAAAGAAAGCAGAGUAAGUCCCUCAAAAAAUGGAGUCCAAUCAUCUACAGACAAGCUUAGCAGCAACACCAGUGUGGGAAAGAAGAGUUUGAGUUCAUCAGAAAGUGUUCAAAAUGUUCAGAGGAGUAACGGAACAGGGAAGCCUCAAUUCAAGAAAACGGUUAAGGAAGGACAGAUCCCCAGGAAAGAGCAAGCCUUAAUAGUCAAUGCUGUUGGUGUGAAAAGGAACCUAACUCUAAGACAAAACAUGGAUAAAAUAGCUGCUAAAAAUAACGGUCAUAAUGUCAAUUCUCCAACUACAAGGCCUCAAAUGAAGAAAAACAUGUCAGACAUUUUACAACCCAAAAAAUCUCUUUUGCCUGCCAGAAAGACAAUUACAAGGCCCAAGUCUAUGACUGAACACAAAUUAUCACCACCUAAAAAGUCUCUAGAGCUGAGAGAGAGUUUGUCAACACCUUCUUUCAAACCUUCACUCUCUGAAAUUCAUCAAUAUGUUGAGAACUGGUUGGAGAAGGUCAGUCCGGACCCAGUGCCAUACACUGAGGAGACCAACACUGAUGAUUCAAGGACUCAGACAAAGGUUGUGUUUCAGAUAGGCGCCGAUUCGGAGUCAGAUGAAAAGACUGAAGGCCAGGCUACUCAAGACGAGUGUUGUCCAGUGCCUGGGGAUAUCAAAAAAUCUGCCUCUUGUCUAACUGUACCACAGUGUCAUGCAGAUCCAACUCUUCUGCAUAAUGAACAGUAUGUGAGAGGUUUAUGCGUUUCCAUGCCGAGUGUCAGAGUCGAAUCUACAAAAAUGGAGAACGUAAUGAGAUCGCACAAAUCUGUAGAGGCCAUCGGUCCUGCUGACAAUGAAGCAUCAUCAUCAAACUUUUUGAGUCCCCAUGCAAAGCUAAAACCUGUCCUAAAUCAGAUUUAUUCUUCUAUUCAGUGCAUCAGAGGGGUGUCUGAGACCAACACAACAUCCAAUCUUGAGAAGUCCAAGAGCCUUCCAGAUUUUCCAACACAAGUAGCUUCAGUGUUUGGCUCCUCGUGUAAAGCCUUCGUGUCAUUCUUAUCAGUUAUGACUUUGCGAGAUAACCUAAACGAAUCUGAAGAGGGGGUUGGAGACCAAUCAAGAAGUGACCCUGAGGCCAUGCUCAUGAUGCAGUCCCUUCAGAAAAUUUCUGCUAUUGAGGACACAGAAGAACUAAGGGCAAGUUUGACGGAUCUGCAAAGCAGAGCAUCUUCUCAGCUCAGAGCACGCUGGAAGGACUUUCAGAUUCUGAGGGAAAGGCUUGAAAGUGAGCCGCUGUCUCCCAAAGUUUCAGAAACAGAAUUUGCCCUAGAUGUUGCCUCAGAAGGUGGUGAUGUAUUUGAUGAACAUCAUUUAGGUAUCGACGAGCUGAUGGAGGAAAUGAAUAUGCCGCAAGAGUUAAGAGCAGAGAUAUGUUCAACAAUCCAACAAUCUAGAUUUUUUUACCCUGUAGAGGAGAGCACCUUCAUAGAAACUGAAAGAAACCAGUCGGACUCAGAGGAAGAUGUAGAGAAAUUUGUUGAAGAACGAAAUGAUGAAACAGAACAAUCACCAGAGCAUGAUAGUACAACAGUGGUGACAGCAUCAGAGAAAGAACUUCCUGAAGUUCAGAAAACAGAUACCAGUGUAAAAGAGUCAGACAUUUCACAGACAGAGCGAGGUGAUCUGGUGAAUGACAAAGAAACAGAAAAUGAAUUUGAAGAACGAGAAGAUGAGGGAGACAACAGGGAGGAGUUGAAAGACGGAGAAGAUGAGGUUACAAAAGAAACAGAUGAGGACGAGGAGGGUGCGGAGAGUGAGGCUGGAGAAAUGGAAAGUAAGGAAGAGGUUGAAGAAAAACAUCAUGACAAGGGGCGGGAUGGAGGGGAGGCAGAAGAGGGCAGUGAAGAGGAGGAGGAGUCUGUUGUGAAAGGUGAGGAAGGGACAGAGGAAGAGAUGUCAGAAGAUGAGGAGGAAGAGGGAGGUUUGUUACGAAUAGAGACAGAAGUGGUUGAGGUGAUGGAGGAUGGAGUAAUAAAUGAAGAAGACCAAGAAUCAGGAGAUUGCAUUAGUGUUGAAGAGACAGAUGAAAGAGAGGGUGAUGAGGAGAUGGAGAAGGGGGAAAAUUAUGAUAUUGAGGUUGACGGGGGGACAGAGGAGGACGACAAUGAGGAGGAUGAGGCUGAGGAGGAUGAUACAGAGGAGGAAGGAAAUGAGGAGACUGAGGUCGAGAAGGAUAUAAAAGUGGAAGUAAGAUGGGUUGAUGAGGUUGAUGAAGAGGUGGAGGAAGAAGAAAGUGUUGCGGAUGAAGGAGAUGAGGAGACAGACAAGGAAGAAAAUGUCGAUUAUGAGCUUGACAGGGGGACAGUGGAGGAAGAAAAUGAGGAGACUGACAUUGAGAAGGAUAUAGAAGAGGAAGCAAAAGUGGUGGAUGAGGUUGAUAAGGAGACAGGGGAGGAAGAAAAUGUUGAGGAAGAGGUCGAUAAACACAUAGAGGAGGAAGAAAAUGUUGAGGAAGAGGUUGAUAAACACACAGAGGAGGAAGAAAAUGUUGAGGAAGAGGUCGAUAAAGAGACAGAGGGGGAAGAAAAUGUUGAGGAAGAGGUUGAUAAACACACAGAGGGGGAAGAAAAUGUUGAGGAAGAGGUCGAUGAAGAGACAGAGGAGGAAGAUAAAGAGGAGGAUGAUGAUGAGGAGACAGGGGAGGAAGAAAGUGUUGAGGAAGAGGCUGAUGACGAGACAGAGGAGGAGGAGGAGGAAGUAGAAAAUAUUGUAGAAGUGAAGGAAGAAGAGGAGGAUGAAGAAUCAGAUGAUCGUAAUGAGGUUUCAGAGGUAGGCAUUAGGGAAAAGGACGAGGAAGAGGGAAUGAGGAAAAUUAUCAAGGAGAAAGAUUUGGAAGACGAGGUAGAAAAUAUUACUGAAGAUGACGUCAUUGAAGAGAGGGAGGAGGAAGAGGAAAUACAUGAAGAGGAAGAUGAGGAAGAAGGGAAAGAAGAGGAAGAAGAAGAAACUUUAGGGCAUUUUAAGGAGAACGAAAAGUAUUCUGAGGGAGGGGAGAGCUGGAAAAACCUGGAGAAAGCAGAAAAUGCUCUUGAGGAAGAAUCAGUUGUAGGGGGGAUAGAGAUGGAUGAAGAAAAGCAAGAGGAAGAAGAUCUAAGUGAUGCAGAAAGCACAAAUCUACUUGAGGAGGCUCUGUAUCUGCAGCAGCAGAGUAGCUGUGAGGAAGAUACAAAGGUAGGGGAACACAACCCUGAAUCACUUAGUAAUCAUUCCUCCGAGAUUCAGUGUGCAGAUGACAAGGGGGAUGGAACAGACACAGUCGAUGAACUCGAAACAGACGAAGGCGGGGAACAGCAAGAGGAACUAAACAGCAGUCAACCACAUCCAGUUGAGAUAUCACAGGAAUUACUUGACUUUGUUAACGCUGCCCUUCAGUCUGCUUCCCUUAUUUUUACAUAUGACGCUCAUGGGAAAAUCAGGAUCGAGCCAGAUAACUCUCGAGUUGUAAAAACGAAUCAAACAUCAAAACCAAAAAGGCGAGAGGAUAGUUCAUACGGCGUGAAGUGUCUUCCAAGCCCACAAUGCUCAGAUUUGUCUGAUUACAGGCCAGAAACCUCAGAGAGCGGUGGAUACCAAACUCAAGAGUCUGUAGAUAUUGUCUCCGAGAGUGGAGAAGAGGGAUCACAGAGACAGUUUCCAGUGUGCAGACGCAAAACAGAUAUCCGUACCUCAAAACUGUCUGUUGCAAGUGAUUCAAAAGUCUUGCAAAGUUCCCACAAUAAAAGUGGAGGGAGUUUCUCUUCUUCUGACUCAGUCACUAAGGAUCUGUCUUAUUUCAGUGCUGGAAGCUCACAAAAGGCAGAAACGGAAGCUGCCACAGAGGCCACACGGUGCUCUUCUUUCCGCUCAAAGAAGGACUCAAAGGACGGGGUUUUGAUUGACCAAGGUAGAUGGCUGCUUAAGGAGAAUCACCUCAUGAGAACUUCUCCUCCAGUGUCCCUGGGAAUGUACAAUAAUGUAGACAGCACAUCUAUAGACACAAAUCAUUCAAGGUCUAGCGAGGACUCCCUGCCUCCUUAUAAAACCCAGCAAAACCUUCUUGCAGCAUUAUCCUCUUCUGAGCUUGAGGAGAUGGCCAAGCCUAACACCCCAAAGUGCACCUAUUAUAACAUGCCACAUGGAAGUGAUUCCGACCCCUUUUUGGAUGAUUCUAGUUCUAAAAGUGGGAAGAAAGAUGAGAGCAGUGCUAAGGGGAGAGGCGUCCGGGUGGCACCCACCGUCAAUACUUCUCAAACCUGGGCAAAUAAAAACGGUAGUCUGUCUUCAUUUGCAUCAGUUGAUUUUAACAUACCAGACAGAAAAGUGCAUCCAGAAGGGGAGGCCUCGUCUCAGACAAUGGCAAGAAGGACAUCUGGUGGAGGAGGGAGAGCAGUACAGGCACAGGACUCCAUCGACGCACUGCGUCUGAGAUGUGGCCAAUAUUGCCCCAUACUAUAGCAGCGAAAGGCAUUAUUUUUCACAGAAACAUUUACAUAAAAAGAUAGUCAUGUAAAUAAGUCUUUUUAAUUUUUAUGUUUCUUUUGUGUUUGGUCAAAUUAUCAUGAAAAAAAAAAACUUGUCUUGCAGCUGCUCUUCCAAACCGAAAGACAAGUGCAGCAAUUGUGAAGAGUUGUGCCUCUUAUUUAUGUUUGAAUAUAGCAAUGUAUAUUUGUAUAUUUCAUGUAAAUACUCCUAUCUGUACAUAUUUGUAUUAUCUAUGCUUACAAGUAAUACAUGUCAUCAGCUUCUCAAUCAAUAAAAUGCAAUACAUCAGA